CUGUUUACAGAUCUUGACAAUAGCCUUGAAAAGUGUAAGCUACCUUUUUAUUGGGACCCUAAUUUGAAUUUAUACGACCAAAUUAGAGGGUCUGGGUUAACCGACAUGAGGAGAUGUGUGCAAAGUAAAAAAAAAUUACUAGAAAACUAUGCAAGACUGAAAGUUAGAACGGAAGUUGAUCAUUUCAAAGUUUACAAAACCUUUCUGACAGUCACAGAAUUAAAGGAAAAUGGUUUAAUAAAGAGUUCAGCAAUUCCAAAGGACAAGUCUCCAGAGAAAAUAGAACUAAUCAGUGCAGAGCCCAGAACAUGUAUAAUACUUUAACUAAUUUUUUCUAGCUUAAGCAAAUGAAGUCAACAAUCUUGUGCUAAUAGGUGCUAAGCGAUUUUACUUUUUGAAGGAAAUGGUACAAUAAAGUUUUAAUAUAGUUUAAAUCUA